GUGAUCUCUCUUUCUUUCACUUUGAGACACAUGAAAUGCAAACCAUUUCACCCCUCACCACUCUUCUCUCUCAAAUCAAACAAUGACUCCACUACACUACACACACCACUACCCAAAUCCCCAUCAUUUUGGCUCAUUUUAUUUUGCUUUAAAUUAAGUUUGUUAGAACCCGAGUUAGAGAAUGGGUUAGAAAAGGGUAACCAUAGUUAAAAGUUUGGAAACAACUAUAGAAAUUGUUAGUUAGAACUAUGGUUAAAUGUUGAAAAAUUAGAGAAUUUAGAAAAAAAACUUCAGUUUACUCAUAUUCUUUCCAUUUCUAUUCUCCGUUUCUUUCUGUAACGAAAUCAACAUGUCUGAACCUGUUUCCAACUCUACUCUCACCACAGUCGGAACUUCCGCUGCCACUUCCGACCCUACUCUCACCACCGUCAGUACUUCCGCUUCCACUUCCGACCCUACUCUCACCACUGUCGGUACUUCCGCUGCCACUUCCGACCCUACUCUCACCACCGUCUGUACUUCCGCUACUUCCACCGAGCUUGAUGCCGUUAAUUCCGGUGAUGAUGAUGAUACUGAUGAUUCCGAUGAGGAUUCCAGUGAUGAUGAUACUGAUGAUUCCGAUGAGGAUUCCGGUGAUGGUUACGUAACCAGAACGUACCAGAAAUUCUGUUACGAUCUUCGUAAUCCUCAUGCGCAACCACUACCUCCUCCUCCUGAUUUCGAUGCAGUGAAAAUCAUCCACUCAUCGGCUAAACCGUUAUUUUUUGAUGAUGACCCUGUUGCACAGCUAGACGCUGUGACCAAGUUUGCUACGGUAUUGUCAAUGGGAUCGCAUGAUUUUAUCGAUGAAGUCCUGAAAGUACCAAAUAUUGUCGAACAAUUGUGGAAGUUCUCGGCACAGAAUGAUUACCCUGAACUGAAGGAGAUGGCGCUAUGGGCUCUCAACAAUAUAGCCGCGGGAUGGUGUCAGCAUACGAGAGUUGUAGUUGCAAGUGGUGGUAUUCCAAAGCUUCUGAAGCUCUGCAUCAGCAAAGAGAGUCUCAUUGUUAAAAUGCAGGCAAUAUGGGCCUUGGGUAAUAUUGCAGUUUAUUCCCAAAAAACAAAGCAUCAAAUUUUGGAAUUGGGUGCCACCACUCUCUACCCUUUAGUAUGUAUGCUGAAGGAUACAACUACAGACAAAUCACUCUCCUCGGUUAUUAUGUUUGCUUUGCUAAACUUUUUUCGUGAAAGGAUUCCGUCAAAGCUUUACUUCCAACUGCAACCUCCUAUCAGCGUUUUAGUUUCGCCUACUCUUGUGGAUAUUUUGUCUAUGGAAAACACAAGAGAAGAACUUGUACUAAUAGCUCUUCAUAUGUUUGCUUGUUUUUUGGCAAGCGGUCUUUAUAAAAAAGACGUGGACAAAGCAAACAUGUAUGCCCAAAUUCCAAAAUUUCUUGUGCAUCAUCCAAAAUGGAAGGAAGUUCCCAAUUAUGCACUGUUGAUCAUAAGGGAUGUGGAUGAGUCUAACAAACAGGUUUUAAUCGACAAUCAAGUUCUCUUGGGCCUUAAACAUCUCAUUGAAGUUGAAGGCCUUAAUAAAAGAGGUGGUGACAAGUUUAUCCGCAAAGGUGUUUGUAGAGCAAUUGCAAACUUUACCGCUGGGACAAGCGGUCAAUUACAGGCUGUGAUUGAUAUGAAGCUUAUUUCUCCUCUGCUUGAUCUCACGAAGAGUGAGUCUGACAUUAAGGAAGUGGCUGCAUGCGUUAUAUAUAAUGUCACUCGUGGAAGUAGUGAGCAGAUGAUGUCAUUACCGGGUAAGGAGUCUAUUGAGGUGCUUUGUGAGCUGUUGAGUAGCACAGAUCAAAAAAUUUUGGAGUCAUGUCUAAAAGGAUUAGACAACUUAUUGGCUAACAGUGCUAUGGCGGAGAUUUUUUUCGAGAUGGUUGAUGAGUCAGUACUCGAUUAUGGAGGAGUAAUAGAUAAGUUGAUAGCUCUGAAGAAACAUGACAACACAGAGAUUGGUGACAUGGCUAAAAAGAUUGAGGACAAAUGGAUUGCUCAUUAGGUUAAUACACGGCUAGGAAGAUUUGGACUGAUGAAUAGUUAAUACACACGUGUCUUUGUGUGUUGAAAAACUCUUGGAUUUGGUACACACUACACUACACUACACAUUAUGCCUUGAAUUUUUUGGUGAAAUCUGCCUUGAAUUUUUUGGUGAAUUCUUAACUACUCAUUCAAAGUGAGUGGCUAAAUUUACCCAACUUAGUUGUCAAAAGCAUAUUGGUCUAGUAAAUCUUACUUUCUAUUCUCAUUAAAAAAGUGUAUAAUUUUCUAUUAUUGGCAA